GAAAUAAUCUGUUCACAGCGCCUUUUACACAGAACUUACCACCACAGAGGACGCGUAUUUUACCCUGUAGAGCAGCCAUUUCGGAGUCCCUCCUGCAGUAUAUCAGCAAGCGACCUUUGUGUCAGCUCUAGCCUGUAGUGCUUGACGAACAUAGAAGGAUUCUUCUGGUAGCGGAACAUAACAAAUUUCAGCCCAUGAAGCAGAUGUGGCUCUAGUUGAGUGUGCCAUAAGGCCUGCUGGAGGAUAUAAUCCUUCUUGUGAGUAUGCAAAUAAAAUGGUAUUCCUAAUCCAAUUUGAGAUGGUGGACUUCGCCGCCUUUCGGAAAACUGAAGGAAUAAAUUAUCUGCUUUUCUGACCGGCAAGGUUCUUUAGAUAUGGCACAGUAUGGCUCUCCUGACGUCCAGAGAAGGAUUUCCUGUUGCAUCUGAUGAACAAAGUAAAGUAAUCUUUACUGCUGCCGGCAUAGGAACUUCAUUCACUGCUGACUUCACAUAACACCGGAGCAAAUGAUUGUGUUACAACAUGCCAGACCGCCAUCUCAACCAGAGCCAUCGGCCUUUCCAUCCACCAUAGCAAUGGGCAAAAAGCAAAUAAUACUUCCUGUGCAGCCUCAUUCAGACAGAAGACUUGCCCUUGUAUCUCCACCUCCUCCAGAAGUCACACACGAUGAAGUUGUCGAGCAAGAUCCGUCCUUGGAAGACCUUUGUAAACCACUUUCAUGUAAGCUGUGUAAUGUUACUUUGAACUCUGCACAGCAAGCUCAGGCACACUAUCAGGGCAAAAACCACAGCAAAAAGUUACGGAAUUACUGUGCUUCAAGUAGUUGUCCGGCAUCAUCGAGACACACUUUACCUACAGAGUCACCUGGAUCAUCUUCACUAAAUGUGACAGCCCCAAAAAGUGGAGGACGGGUGAUUCUUGCUACUGAGAAUGACUACUGCAAACUAUGUGAUGCUUCAUUUAGCUCUCCUGUGGUCGCCCAAGCACACUACCAAGGAAAAAACCAUGCCAAAAGAUUGCGCCUGGCUGAGACACCAGCUAAUGCCUCUAUGGACUCUGAAUGCAAGAGGAGGGCUCGAAAAGAAGGCAAUGAACAUAAAAUGAUGCAGAAUCGAAGAAAUGUCUGCUCUCCUCAGAAUAAUACAGGUCCAUAUUUUAAUCCUCGAUCUCGCCAGCGGAUUCCUAGGGAUUUGGCAAUGUGUGUAACACCUAGUGGACAGUACUAUUGCUCAAUGUGCAAUGCAGGAGCCAGUGAGGAGCUAGAGUUCAGACAACAUCUGGAGACCAAGCAGCACAAAAGCAAAGUUUCUGAGCAACGCUACCGCAGCGAGAUGGAAAAUUUGGGAUACAUGUAGUGAAAUGAUCACUAUCAAAUGGUGUUUCUAAGCUGUUGCUUUGGUUUUAUUACUAUCAAUUUACCUUGUAACCAUUUCACAAGUUUGAGGCCCUUCAGAGACUAGUUGACUUUGAUCGUCAGACAUGGAGGGUAGACUUACUUUUUCAAUGUUUGGUUUGAGUUUGAGGCAAUUCUUGGCCCUCCCCGAGGACUAACAGGUCUAGCGUGACCAUACUAAACACUAAGUGAAGAUAUCCCAUUCCGUGCAUUUACAGUGCAUUGCCUAGGGGUAAUUUGCUUCUGGGCUGCUCAUAAUUAGAAUACUUGGUGUUACGAUGCUUUGUGCAGACGGACCUUUUGCACUGUGGAAACUGUUUUUCUGUAUUCGCAAUCCCUUACUAUAGUCAUGGCCUGUUCAAAAAGGAUGCAGCUACUUUUAAAGGGAUUUAGGCACAUUUUCCAAGUAAAACUAUGGUGGUCUUCACCUAGUGAAUAUAUUGUGGAUCUACUGUAUACUAAACAUCUGUCUGUUAUAGGGACCCCACUAUGGAAAUAGUGAUUGCUGGCUUUGCAAUAUACCUUUUGCAGAUGCACAUUGUUCACACUGUGUGCUUAGUAGCCAAAGAAUUCCAUUUUGGAAAAUGAUAAACAGGUUGAUAGGAAAGUCUACGUAUGAUAAAUGGAACAAGAGGAGACCAGAGACGCUGCAGACAUGUACAGCAUGUAGUUCUAAGCAUGGUUCAGAAAACUUAAUAUAUGUUGUAUUUUACUGUGGAACGCUCCAGAACUCAUCACUGUGUUCACCAACAUACAUUAAUAGAUCAUUUCUCUUAAUGUUUUGUUGCUGUUGGGCAUUUAAUCAAUUACUGUGCAAUGAACUGUAUUUUAUGUGUCUCUUGAUAGGUAAAUUGAUAUCCUUCACUUUGCACUUAAGUCCUUUGCUGCUCUAGGUACUGUGUCAAUGACAAAAUAAUCCAGUGGGACGUUGGCCAGUCGCUUAACAAAGGGUAUUUUUUCAUUUUUUUGUGAUAUCAAGUUCCAAUGCCUAUUUUGAUGAUGGUAUGAAAACAGCUUUCCUAUUUUUGUGAUGUCUGAAAUUCCUAAUAUAAUUGCACUAUAGCCUCUAUUUUGUCUUAUUCAUGUGCUUUAACGGUGGGAUAGAAUCAUCCGGCUCUGUCACUGCACCUUUUCUUUCUUGUUAAUGCCUAUAAAGAUCCAUGUCGGGUAACGCCACAUCAGGUAUUAACCCCUUAGCAGAGUUUGAUGAAUCUUCCCAUCUGUCUCUUGGAUUAGACUAUCAAAUUCGAAGAGAUGUAAGGUUUCUGUACAGAGCCCUUUCUUCCCUUCUUUUGCACCUAAGCCGUAGUGAAGAACUUCAGAGAAGUUAGCAAAAUAACAUAAUGCUGCUUUAAUUGCACAAUUACUGCACAAACCGGGCCCAGAAGACUGUCAGCAUAUCACCAGUAUGCUUUAUGCCUUGGUCUUACAGAAUGAAGGAUUUUGACAUGUACCUGUUUUUUGAUUUAUAACUCUACCACACAUUGUUGCUGUGUGGUACCGUAUGUCUAUUUUUAGGAUGUGUAGUUUUGCUGUUUGUGGAUGUUGAUGAAAAGAUAUUUUUCUUUAUAAUGUACAGAAAUAUAUAAUGAUGAACGACUA